AUGUACCGAACUGCGAGGCCGCUGCUCGGCUUCGGCACGGCUGUCGCCAUGCGGCCUCAGACCUUCACCAGAGUCCUCCCGACGGCGAAGAGGAUAGCGGCCGGACCCGGCGUCAUGGCGACGAGGGGAUACGCGGGCAAGGCGAACCCAGCGGAUCUGCGGUUGAGCACCCGUAUCAACAAGCAGGCCGCCCUGAAGGAUGGCGGCUACGCCUCGAACGAAAUUGAGAAGUCCAUGGCCAUGACGCACAUCAUGCUCCCAGGAACCUUCGUCCCCGUCCCCUUCUCCCAGCUCAACAAGUCCCCGAGCGCCCUCUGGGAAUACACCCUCGCCCGCCUCAAGCAGCGCGGCAAGGACCUCCUCACAAUCUUCGGCGCAAAGGUCUCCUCGAUGCCGACCUGGACCUCCCGCCCGCGCGCCCAGCUGAACCGUACAAAGAUCGUCCCCGAGGCCAAGGCCCUGCACCAGCGCCUCGGCGAGGCCAUGGCCGCCGGCGACAAGGAUACGCUUCGCGAGAUCUGCACGCCGCGCCUCUUCGAGACGCUGUCGGCCACGGUGUCGCGCCGCAAGGCCGGCGAGAGGGUCACCUGGGAGCUGCUGCGGUACAACGGCAGCCCGCGUGUCGUCAGCCACAAGAUCGCCAUCAUGCCGCCGCUGGGCAGGGGCCCCGUGGUGCAGCAGGUCGUCGUGGCCAUCGGCAGCUCGCAGAAGCUGGGCAAGGUCGACAAGGUCACGGGGAAGCCGCUCAAGGGCGGGGUGCGGGUGCAGAACCAGACCGAGUACUUUGUCAUGAGCAGGCAGUUCGACCCCAAGACGUGGGCCCCCAAGAAGUGGCUGGUGUGGGGCAACACCAAGGCGACGACGCUGGAGGACUGGAGGCUUGAAGAGAAGGGCAUCCAGCAGAUGGAAAGGCAGGACUUUGCCAAGAGGCGGGGAGGUCUGUAG